AUAAGAAUGAAAUGCCUGGUAAAACUUUUUGGAAAUCUAUCGAUUAUCAACUCUUGGCAGUUGUGACGUCAUUUUGAUGGCUAGCGCCCCCUCGAUGAACAUGAAAAUUGUAAUGGCGACCAUGCAAAUAUGAUAGAAGACAGCCUAGGAUCACAACAUAGCGGCCAACUAGGGCCCGGUUCAGGUGCAUUAGGCAUGGUUACUAAAUCACAGCAAGAUGAUGGAAUCAAACAGCGUCCCCAAUAUUCUAUGCCGGGGAUUCUCCACUUUCUUCAAACAGAAUGGGCAAGAUUCGAAAUGGAGAGAUCGCAGUGGGAAGUGGAAAGGGCUGAAUUACAAGCACGCAUUGCAUUUUUGCAAGGUGAAAGGAAAGGUCAAGAAAAUUUGAAACAAGAUUUAGUCAGGCGUAUCAAAAUGCUUGAGUAUGCUUUGAAACAAGAAAGAGCCAAAUAUCAUAAAUUAAAAUAUGGAACAGACUUGAACCCUGAAGAUCUCAAACCACCUUCAUUUGACAAAGAAAAUAAAGAAGAUCAAAUUGAUGGGGAAAUUUCCUUGUCAACUUCUUCUGGAACCAGUAAUGCAACAUGGCGACAAGGAAGGCAGCUUUUACGACAGUACUUGCAAGAAAUAGGAUACACAGACACCAUAAUAGAUGUGCGUUCAGCUCGUGUGAGGUCUUUGCUUGGCCUUCAGACACAGACAGGUGACAGUGAUGCAGACAUCUCACAGUCUGUGCUUGUUAAUGGAGAAAAUCAAGCCAAUAAGCGAGAUAAUCAGGGAAAAAGGGCCGGUUUGAAAAAAUUGAGCAAUAUGGCCACAGACAGUGCAUUGAUUGAUGCAGAGAAUGCUGUCAUGACUACUUUUGAUUUUUUGAACUCUGGUAAUGUUGUCGAAGAUGAUGAUGAUCUGAGUGAUGAAAAUGAAGACGGAAUGGCUGCAGAUGACGAAGCUGAAGAAAGAUUAGAAAGAAAAGGAAUAAAACUCAAGAAUGAGUCAAAUGAAGGUCUAGAUGAUACAGACCCUGAUACAGUAGAAGCACUUGCAGAAUUUCAUUUCCUAGAAACAGAAAUUGGUGGAGUGUCAGAGAAGCACGACACCUCUUCCACUGAGGAUGAGGAGUGGGUGGUGGAUCAACGUCAUAUCUCUGAACUGAAAGAACAGUAUAAGAAGGAGAGGAAGGGAAAGAAAACUAGGCCAACUCGGCAUGCCUUACAGGCCAUGCUGGCCAGUUUAGGCAGUAAUGAUGACAUUUCGGUGGACAACACACACAUGCAGUCUGGCGAGGACAGGGAUGACGAUGUUCCCUCUGGUGGUCAAAUAAGCUACGCAAGGAAACCAAUGAUGGGUAUGCAAGAUGAUGAGGAAAACAUUGAUGGUGGGCUUGGCCUUGGUGAAUUGGCAGGGCUAACCGUUAAUAAUGAAGCUGACCCCAUGAAUUAUGAUAUAUCUGCACCUAAAGAAGUGUACAGAAAAACAUGGAAUGCUAAAUACACUUUAAGAAGCCAUUUUGAUGGUGUUCGAGCUCUUGCAUUUCAUCCUGUGGAACCUGUCUUGUUAACAGCUUCUGAAGACCACACUUUAAAAUUAUGGAACCUUCAAAAAACAGUGCCAGCUAAAAAAGCUGCUUCAUUAGAUGUUGAGCCUGUGUACACAUUUCGUGCUCAUGUGGGACCAGUGCUUAGUUUAGCUGUGAGUCCCUCAGGGGAGCAAUGUUACAGUGGUGGCAUGGACACAACAAUCAGAUGUUGGAAUAUACCCAAGUCUGAUAUUGACCCAUAUGACUCGUUUGAUCCGAAUGUUUUAUCAGACACACUUGAGGCUCACACAGAUGCAGUAUGGGGAUUGUCAAUACACAGUUCUAAAAACCAGCUACUGUCCUGCUCAGCUGAUGGAACUGUCAGGCUAUGGAGUCCUGGAAACAAGUCUCCUCUACUUAAUACAUUUACUGUAGAAUCAGAAGAAGGUGUUCCGACAUCUGUGGAUUUUGUACGUUGUGACCCAAGCCAAAUGGUUGCUAGCUAUACCUCCUCUAAUACUUACAUAUUUGAUAUUGAAACUGGUAAACAGGUUCUAAUGCUAGAAACAAAAAUUAACUCAGACUCAAGUGGUAGUAAUCAAAUUAACAGAGUUAUUAAUCAUCCAACCUUGCCAAUAUCGAUAACAGCCCAUGAAGACCGGCACAUACGAUUCUUUGAUAAUAAUACAGGAAAACUAAUUCAUUCAAUGGUAGCACAUUUAGAUUCCGUUACAAGUUUGGCCAUAGAUCCCAAUGGCCUGUAUCUUUUAUCAGGGAGUCAUGAUUGUUCUAUUAGGCUUUGGAAUUUAGACAGUAAAACGUGUGUUCAAGAAAUUACCUCACAUCGCAAAAAGUUUGAGGAAUCCAUUCACGAUGUUGCCUUCCACCCACAGAAACCAUACAUAGCUAGUGCCGGUGCUGAUGCCCUGGCUAAAGUGUUUGUAUGAUGUGUCCUAGUAUUUAAUCUAGUCUAAUUUAAACAAAUCAUUUCUCAUAGGGAGGUGUCCCGCAAGCAAUUCCUAACUCUAGUGUGCGUGCUGUUGUGUACUGAAAAAGGCAAUAGACAAAUUGUUUUAAAAUGACAUCACUCAAUGAUUUAUUUUUUUUUAGUUGUUUUUAGAUCUUGUGGUGGGAAAGCUUAUUUCAAGAAAGACAGGGUUCAGAUAAAGUUUUUUUUCUAAUGUAAAAUGUGUACUCAGAUCUGAAACAAAUCAAUCUAUUACCUUUUAUUUAAACCUAUGAGAGACAAUCCAGCACUGUGUUAGUUAUAGUGAAUUAUAUGGAUGAUAAAUAAUUUCAUUAGUUCUAAAGCUCUCAAAAUUAAAAGACAAGUAAACACAAAAUUGUAAAGCUUUAUUUUUUUCUCUUUAAAACUAGGUUCCAAGGGCCAUUGUUAUUUCUCAGACUUUCUUUUUUUACCCCCCUCUUCAUCCAUUAUUCUUUUCAAGAAUGUGACACUUUGACAAUGGUCUCAUCAAAUUUCUCCCUCAUUGUCAUGGCAUAAAAAUGUUGGCUCCCUUAGUUAAACCCAGCUGGCAUAUAUUUAGUAUGGAUUCUUUCAUUAAGGACUAUUAAAAAUUGAUAUAAAUCAGGGAAAAUGCUGAAAUCAGAAAUGGUACCAUGAAUUGAAAGGUAGGAAUCAGUGUAUUGGAGACCAGACUCUAAAUCAAAUCUGAGGAAUGUCUCUGUACAUGUGAAUAAGCCAAGUACUUGGGCUUUGAUUGGAUGAUUUAUUCUCUAUAUUUAGACAUAUCUUUAUGUAUAUCCAUUGUCUUGUUUGUUUGUUUUUAUUUGACUGGAGCUUGUUCACAUGGAGUUGGGAAGUCAGAAUUUGGGAAUACUGUGGCAUUCUUAACCCAGUCCAGUAAUGAGAACACUAUUUUACAUUGAAUGUACAAGUCAUAAUUGCCUCGUUGCUUAUAGCUCCUGUUAGGAUUGUUUUAGAUUACCGGUAUAUCAUUACAUACAGUUACAUUUGUUCUGGGUUUUGUUUUUCUUUGGCAAUAUUCUCAAGAGUAAUGAAACAUUCAUAUCUAAACUAAACCUUGAUAACUGAAAUCUAGCUGUAAUUUGUGAUGUGUUAUGGUGACUAUAUCUAAAAGUGAUUGGCUUUCAGACACCUGACAGAUGACCUACUACUCCAGCCUAUUAUGUAUUAGUUAAGUGUUGAAGAAAUAAAAAAGAUUGAUACAAGAGAUACUUUGAAAUGACUUGAAUCACAUUUAGUGUCUAGUUGGAAAACAUCCUUCACUUCAUGACGUGUCUGUUUUAGACCAGUUUUACUUUCUAUAAUGUGAUCAUUUGCAGUUGGUUGUUUUUUAUUUUUUUUUUGCUGUUUUACUGAAAUAGUAUUGCAUCAUGAAAUUCCUUAACUGUGUAUGUAAAUAUAAAUGUACACGUUCCAUGAGGCUUGAUGUUUUUGUACAUUUGAUGUUAGGUAUGUAUCAGACACAUACUGACCAGCUCUUGACUUGUGACGCAGACAAAGUGCACUCUGUUAGAAAUUUUGUUUUCUCUCCUAAGUAAUUGCAAUAUAUUCUUAUAUAUUCCUAUGUAAAUUCAAGUUCUAUAAUCCUAUUUAAAUUAACACCAACGUGUAGUGCAUAUUAACUGCCCAAUUACCAGGGAAUUAUGUAGAUAACAUGGCAGGCAACUCUUAUAUCUCUAUAUACUAGCCAAGGAAAACUGUGUAUUGAACUCAUCUGUAUUUUUGUGUUGACUGCUAUUGUACAGAAGUAGAGAACUAAACCUGGGGGGAACAUUGUACUUCAUGUUGCCAUCAAAGCUCAUGUAAAUGGUUGUUUUUAUUUAUCAAAUUUGUAGAGUCUUAUCCUUUUGGGUGAACUAUUGAAACAAAAGCAGUAUUUUGUUUUUACUUUGAGCUGUUCCAACUUACACUAUCUGGUAUGAAAACUAGCGUUGAUUGUAAUAGAUCAUCCUAGCUAUUGGGGAAGGGUACAAGGAGGAGAAACAUAUAAGUAGAUAACUGUUGUAGAUUUGAGUCUGGCACAAACAGCCCAAUACUAUUUCAAAAGUUUGUUGAUCCUGAUAUAGACAGAGCAACAUAUUUAUUUGAGCCUAAAAAAUGGGCCCACCUUCUAAUUCAAUCUAUAAUAUAAUAUAUAGUUCUAUUUUUAUUCUGUGCGCUCUAUUUGAUCAGAAUAUGUACUGAUAUUUUUUUUAAAUUUCAACUCUCCUUUUUAAAAUUGUAUUAUAAUGAAUAAAGAACUUUCAUGGCAAGUGUGUAGCUCUUUGAAUACGGAAAUUGAAACAGCAGGUGCUGGCGAUGAUGUAAAUUAUUUAUGAGUACUAUUAUUUGGUUUGUUUCUUGUACAUUCAACUCCAUUAUUUUAAUGUUGCAUGAUAACUUUUGUUUUUAAAUGUUGCAACUAUUGCUGGGUGUUUUUGGUUGAAGCAGCAGAAUUGGAGGCAUUGUAUUUUGAAUAGAUAUGUGUAUAAGUGCAGUGCUGAUAGUAUAAACAGAAGUCUAGAUAGACUUGUCAAAGGCUGUUCAAGUUUAUACGGUAUAUUUUGUGUUUCCCUAGUGGUGGUCAUACUUACCUUCAAAUAGUAAACAGCUACCAUUUCUAUUAAACCAUGGUUUGGGAUUUUUACCUCCAUUACUUUCUAUCUGUUACUCAAUCUAAUCCUCUCCAACUUGUGGGAUCAGUUAUUUGAAACUGAGUAUUGGCUUGAAUGUUGUUUGUGCCAGUAGCAGACUUCUAGUUAAGUAGGACCAUGGUUUCAAACAAUGCACUGUACUUUAAAACCUGAACAAAUUCAAGUUGUUUAUCUUAUGUGAAAUGUAUGCCUGUGUAAGGAAGGUUUGGGAACUUACAUGUGCAGUUCUGGUUGGCAAGCCUGUCCUUUAGGUUGUGCAUGAAGUAGUUGUAUGAUUGGGCGUGUAGAGACAUUUGUGUUUCUAGGAUAGUCUUCUGAUACUUUUUUUUUACAUUAUGGUUUGAUAUAGUCAGUUUUUUUUUGUUUUGUUUAUGUUGUUUUUACUUUUGACCUAUAAACUAUUAUAUAUUUGUACAUUAAUGUUGACUCCUAAUGAAAUAAAACAAAAUAAUGCUUCAUC